AUGAGCAACUAUCAGAACGACAACCAGUAUCAGCAGUUUGACGACGGCUACGACCGCUACGCCGGGCAGGGCCUGGCCGUCAACGAGCCGUCCGAUGACGAGUACGCGAGUGCCCAGGAGGACCACAGCCGCAAUGGCAACGGUGGCGACCGCGACACUUACCAGCGCAAAUACUCGUUCGAUGACGACACGCGCGAGUAUGCCGGUCGGGUAUGCGAAGCCCCUCCGGGGUGGUUUGAGGGCGUGGGGGAAGGCGCAUCAUAUGAUGGGGAUGGCCGCGGCGAGGAUCAGUACAGCUGCCGGACGCAGCAGGCAUCGCAGCCCUACUCGUCGCGCAAUGCCGAGCAGCAGCAGCAGCAGCGUGGUCAAAACCAGUACCAGACCCGCGAUCAAUACCCGCAACAGCAAAGCAGCCAAGCCCAGACUCAACAGGGCCAACAGCAGGGCCAAUACUUUGACAACAACGCUCUCAAGGGCUGUAUCAAUGACGUGAACAACAUUCGCCAGUUCUUGGAGCGUUAUGGCUAUAACUCGAGCAACACGGUUGUCCUCACGGACGACUCCAACGAGGCCAGCCACCGUCCAACCCGCGCCAACAUACUGCGCGCCAUGAAGUGGCUCGUGGAGGGUGCCGCCCGCGACGAUGCACUGUUCUUCCACUACUCGGGACACGGUACCCAGACCACAGGCGGCGGCGCCACCGAGGCGGAUGGAAUGAAGGAGGCUAUCUGCCCUCUCGACUACCAGACAGCUGGGCUGAUCGCGGACGAUGAAACCCUCUUCGACUCGUGCCACAGCGGCACGGUCAUGAACCUGCCUUACGUGUACUCCCAACACGGUACCGUCAAGGACCCCAACAUGUUGGCGUCGGCGGGACAGGCGCUCUUCACCGCUGUCCCGCAGUACGCUAGGGGCGACACUGCUGGCGCGCUCAAGGGCUUUUUGACCGCAGGCAUCUCCGCAUUCAAGGAAAAGCGGGCCGACGACCUGCUCAAGGCUGAGAACACGCUGUCGGCUGACAUCAUUACGUUGUCGGGUUGCAAGGAUGACCAGACUUCGGCCGACACGCAAGAAGAAGGCGAGGCGACCGGCGCCAUGUCGUACGCGUUCGUCCAGGCCUUCUCCAAGAACCCACAGAUCAAUUAUCGUGACCUCCUGGUUGCGAUUCGCAACGAGAUGAUUCAGGGAGGGUACACACAGAAGCCGCAGCUUAGCGCUUGCCACCCCAUCGACACCAAGCUCGACUUUGUGGCUUAG